AUGAGUUCCGUAUGGGCAGUGAUCAAGGGCGCCAAUUACGGAGAUCAGACCAAGAACCAGCGUGAUAUACAGACUCAAUCCGUCAUAUCGGUUGCGCUUGGUCUUAUCGCCUUCACGUCCUUUUGCUUCCUUCGCCCGCGAUGGACGUCCCUAUACGCUGCUCGCAAGCGCCAGAAAAAUGCUGCCCAAAUAUUGCCCGAGUUGCCGGAUACUCUCUUUGGCUGGAUACCGGCGCUGUAUCGUAUCACAGAGGAGCAGGUACUGGCAUCCGCAGGGUUGGACGCCUAUGUGUUCCUCUCCUUCUUUAGGAUGGCCAUCAAGUUCGUCGCCGUGACGUUCUUCUUUCAGCUCGUUGUGAUGCUCCCAGUACACUAUACGGACACUGGGGAUUGGGGCAUACCAAGCCCCAUCAAGUCUAACAAUGAGACGUCCAACCAGACAACCUCAGGCACCAUGCUGUUACGAAAAGGCGCGGAAGAUGAUGAACCUGAAGCUUCCGAGCGUAUGCUUUGGCUCUACGUCUUUUUUGUCUAUCUAUUUUCUGGUCUUGCCCUCUACUUUAUCGUCACGGAAACGAAGAAGAUCAUAUCUGUACGACAAGCGUACCUGGCCAGCCAAACAAGUAUCACCGAUCGGACCAUCAGACUAUCAGGUAUUCCUGUCGAACUGCGGUCUGAGGAAUUGAUUAAAGAGACUGUUGAGAAUUUGCAGAUAGGCAAGGUUGAGAGCGUUCUGUUAUGCAGAGAUUGGACUGAAGUGGACAAGCUCAUGGCAAAUAGAGACAACGUACUCCGGAACCUUGAGGCAGCGUGGACUACAUAUCUUGAAGCCCCUAAGCAGGGACGAAGGAAGUCGCUCAUGCCACAGAGGACGAAUCAUGAUCCAGAUAACGAGACGGAGAACGCUCGACUUUUAGAAAACACUAGCCCAGGCCAAAAGGACGAUAGCCAACCAAGGCCUCAAGCGAGGUUAUGGUAUGGUUUCAUGGGCUUACAAAGUCGUAAGAUUGACGCUAUCGAUUACUACGAGGAGAAACUACGGAAGAUAGACGAACAAGUCAAGACAUCACGCCGCAAAGUCUUCAAGCCAAUGCCACUUGCUUUUGUCACCCUAGACUCUACUGCCACAGCUCAAAUGGCUGUCCAGGCUCUUAUGGAUCCAGUGCCUAUGCAGCUUGUAGCUAACGUUGCGCCCGCGCCGUCUGAUGUUGUCUGGGAGAACACAUAUCUCUCACGGUCAACUCGGAUGUCGAGAGCCUGGCUGAUAACUCUGGUCAUUGGAGUACUGACUGUCUUCUGGUCUAUUCUCUUGGUGCCGCUAGCGGGUUUGCUUAGCCUGCAGAACAUCGGGAGAGUGUCUCCCUCACUUGAGGAUUGGCUCAACACCCACCAGACAAUUAGAGCCUUAGUCCAGACUGGUUUGCCAACCUUGCUGUUUUCAGUGCUGAGCGUAGCUGUGCCAUACCUAUAUUAUUGGCUCUCAACCCUUCAAGGUAUGGUAUCCCAAGCAGAAGUGGAAAUGUCCUUAAUCAGCAAGAACUUCUUUUUCACUUUCUUCAAUCUGUUCGUUGUUUUCACAGUUUUCGGUGCUGCCUCCAACGCAGCCGGCUACAUCGACCGCUACCUUGAUGAGAUCAAGAAAAACCUCAAAGACACCACCCUUAUUGCCUAUAUCCUCGCCCGAUCACUCAAGAACCUCGUUCUCUUCUACAUGAACCUCAUCAUUCUACAAGGACUCGCCCUCUUUCCCUUCCGCCUCCUCGAAUUCGGUUCUGUUUCGCUCUAUCCGUUCUAUCGCCUCUCCUCCAAAACCCCACGAGACUACGCCGAAUUGGUCGCUCCGCCCGUCUUCUCCUACGGUUUCUACCUUCCGCAGACGAUCCUCAUCUACAUCAUCUGCAUCGUCUACUCCGUGCUACCAGGAUCUUGGUUCGUCCUCUUCUUCGGCCUUCUCUACUUCCUCCUUGGCGCUUUCAUCUACAAAUACCAACUGCUCUACGCCAUGGACCACCGCCAACACUCCACUGGUCGCGCGUGGCCGAUCAUCUGCAACCGCAUCGUCCUUGGUCUCAUAGUAUUUCAGCUCGCUAUGGCAGGCAUCCUCGGCUUAUCCACGGCUUUCAAGCGGGCAGCACUCAUUAGUCCGCUGCUGAUAUUCACGAUCUGGUUCAUUGUAUACUAUCAACGCACUUACGAGCCGCUUAUGAAGUUCAUUGCGAUCAGAAGUCUGAACCACGAGCCGCCGUUUGGAAUACAGCCGGGCCAGAGCAGGUAUGAAACCGAAACGGCCGGGAGAACCGUGGAUGAGAGCGAGGAGACGGGGUUGAGGUAUAUCAAUCCGAGCUUGGUGUUGCCGCUGGAGGAGGCAUGGUUGCCAAAGCAAGGGGCUGAUACAGGUGAUGAGGGUGGUGGGACUGAGGGAAAUGGCAAUAGGAGAGAUGGUCGAGAUCAGGAAGUGUAG